GCCAGCAGCCUCGCCUUGACGGGUCGUCGGCAGGCCGACCGGCCGCCCGGGACGGCGCGGCUCGCCUCGCCCCCGCGCGCCAGCUAUAAAACCUGCCCCCACCUGCUCGCCCCCCAGCUGACCUGACCUAAGUACCUAACCACCACCGCCUCCACCGCAGCGCCAGAGGCCAAGAAGGACGCGAGCGCGCUCGAUCCUCUUCUCGUUCUCGAUCCCGGGCUCGCUCCGGUCAGCAGCAGCAGGACGGCGGCGGAGAUGGUGGCGGCGAUCGCGGUGGCCUCGGCGGGGCUGGGGAUGCUGGCGGGCGUCGCGAUGGCCAGCCGGGCGCCCUCGUCCUCGCAGGGCGCCGCGCCGUGGGCGCCCGGCCCGGCCGCGCUGCGGUGGGGCGGCGGCGGCGGCGCGCCGCGGUGCGAGGCGUGCGGCGGGUCCGGCAAGGAGGAGUGCCGCCUGUGCGAGCGCUGGUCCGACGCCGGGGCCAGGGGGAGCCGCCGGUCCGGGUGCGGCGCGUGCGCGGGGACGCGGCGGGCGCCCUGCCGGAGCUGCGGCGGGUCCGGGAACGGGCGGCGCGCGCCCGUGCGGGUCGCCACCUCCGCGCGCGCGGCCCCGACCGCCAGGGCUGCCCGAUGAGACGAGACGGCGACGCGUCCGCGCCUCCUGGCCUCUCCUCGACCCGGGCUCCCGGAUCGUGGAUGAAGGCUCUGUACUCUGCGGCGACCUGCCGGGGCAGACAGAGGAACCACGACGUCGGCUUGUUUCUUGGAAAAAAUUUGAAGAAAAAUUUUGUAACAUACGGAGUAUACAUAGUUUGUAGUACAGUAGAUUUAUCGAUUUGAUCAAUAUAUAUAUUUGCAUACCAAGAUUGAUUCCAACCAUCUCGCC